AGCAGUCGCGACUGGAUGUGCUCAUGGCUAACGCAGGAAUCAUGGACGUCGCGCCGGGGGCUGACCAAGGACGGCUAUGAGCUGCAGUUUGGCGUCAACUACAUGAGCCACGCGCUGCUCGUGCGCCGGCUGCUGCCGUUGCUGGAGCGCACCGCCACCACACAGCCGAGCGCCGAUGUAAGGAUCAUCGUGUUGACCAGCGCGGCCUUUCGUGCCGGGCCCAUCGCCUUUGACAAGCUCAAGACGGUUCAGAACAACUUCCUCCUCAUGGGUGGCAUCAUGCGCUACGGCCAGAGCAAGCUGGCUGACCUGCUUCUCGCCCGAGAGCUGGCUGAGCGGUACCCGGCCAUUCUGAGCGUGAGUGUGACGCCUGGUAUGGUGGCAACCGGCCUGGUACGCAACCACUCCGCGUUCAAGGUUGGGUUUAGCUGGCUCUCGGCACAGCUGACCCAGGGAGGGUAUAUCAAGACCGAAGAGGGGGCCUACAGCCAGCUGUGGUGUGUCGCCGCGCCCAGGGACAAGAUCGUCCCUGGUGUCUUGUACGAGCCAGUCGGCCUCUUGUCCAAGAUGUCUUCCAAGCACAGCACCGACAAGAAUAUAUCCAAAAAGCUCUGGGAGUGGACUGAUGCUGAGCUGAAGAAGUGGGACUAGGCAGCGUUAACAGUCUGGUCCACCUUACCGGCGCUGAGUGCUUCAAUAUUUACUCGUGUUUCUUUUCAUAUUCAUGUCAGGACGAAGUUUGUCUGAAAUUGUUAGUCGGUUAUAUGGGCUUGUUAUGGUGGUUUCCAUCAUUUAAGGGAAUAUAAUGUAGCGCUAGGUGAUAGGACAGAUUAACUUCUCCCUCAUGAUGCUAUAAUUAGCUUCUCGAACUGCGUGUUCACUUAGCAACCCAUUCAGCCAAGGAUUGCGGAUUCAAAAUGCAGUUCAACUCUCAAGUGAGUCUCCAGAGCUAACGAGCAGUACAAGAAAGUGAAUACAUACGCCACCUAAAAGAAAUGAUCAUCCACAAGU